GCGGGGAGGUGACGCGCGCGGGGACCUCGCCGCCUCAGCCCACGUGUCCGCGAGAUUUAAAAGUUGGCAGAGCGCGGGUGGGUCAGUCUGGCGGCCGAACUGGGCGAACAGCGCGCCAGGGACGCAGAGGCUCAGCCAGAGCAUCGCUUGGAGCGCGGGCUGGUGCAGUGCAGGGUCCCGGGAUGCUGCGAGCCGCGAGCCGCCGCCCCGGGCCGCCCCCCGGUCAGGUGGCCGCUGCGUCCCCGCUCCUGCUGCUACUACUGCUGUCUUGUUGCGCGGACACCUGCGGAGGUGCUCCAAUAUUGCCUCAAGGAUUACAGCUGGAACAAGGAUUACAGUUGUGGAAUGAGAUAGAUGAUGCUUGUUUGUCUUUCCUGUCCAUGGAUCCUCUGCCUCAGGCAUCCAGUGCAUUGGAGGAGCUUUGCUUCAUAAUUAUGGGGACUCUACCAAAGCCCCAGGAAACAGAUGAAAAAGAUAAUACCAAAAGGUUCUUAUUUCAUUAUUCGAAGACACAAAAGUUGGGCAAUUCAAAUGCUGUGUCAUCUGUCCUGCAUCCGCUGCUGCAGCUCGUUCCACAACUGCAUGAGAAAAGAAUGAAGAGGUUCAAAGUGGACGAAGAAUUCCAAGGUCCUAUUACAGGCCAAAGUAGAGGAUUCUUUUUAUUCAGGCCACGCAAUGGAAGAAGGUCAGAAGGUUACAUUUAAAAUGAGUCCCUGAAUUUCACUUCUUGUCAACCCACGUGAAGAACAUGAGAAAGAAGGAGCAGAAGAGAACAAAAAGUAUCUUCUUUAAAAAAUGAAUUGCCUUGAUGAGAUGCGGACUUGAGACAGAGAAUGUUGCCAGAGCUGCUCCAGGUCUUUGCUCAAAACCUGCCAACCCCCACUUUUAGCAAGAGUUAACAUAAAUCUUUAAAGGGUCCAGAAAUAAAAAAGGAAGCUACAAACAAACAAAAACCAGAUGGAACCAGCUAGGACCAAGAUGGUGAGAGAUCUGACCUCCAACAGACCCUGAAUCUCAUUAUAUGCUGAUUUUACUACAUUAGCAUAUUAAAUGACAUGCCUACUGGUGGCCAAGACUGGAUAUUAAGGACCAAAAAAGGAUAAAAAGGGGUGGCACUCCAUUCCCUUGGAAAAAACUCUGCCUCUUCCCCAGUAGACUAAUGCAUAUGCCUCCCCAUCAUUAACCUCACUCCUCCUCCCUUUGUCUUUACUCUUUAAAAUUAAAGCCCUCUGGACACGUGGGCAAGAAGUGGAUCUGUGAACUUAGUUCCUGCUUCUCCAUUCUUUGGCCACUGAAUAAAGCUUGUGCUGUGUUGAUCUCA